UACUCUACUAGGGUUUUGGACAAAAGGGCGGGAGAGAGACAAAUAUAAAUUCCCCACCUUCUCUCUCCUGAUAAUCUUUUACACUACGGAUUCAGUUUGACGAAAUGUCGAUUGGGACGCGCAGGCUUACUGUUCUGGGUGAGUUCAAGCCCUUUAGUUUAGCUACAGAGACUGUCGACGGCAAGUCUGCCGAGGAUUCUCAGAACAAAUUUGAUUACUUCUUAUUCGAUUCCGCCGUUGGUAGACAGAAGGAUGGUACUGGAGAUUGUGAGACAUCCUGUUCCAGCAAAGGUGGUGAUCACGAAAUUUCCGUCCGAGGAAAUCAGAUAAUUUGGGCAACGGGUUCCCAAGUAUACAAGAGAUUCACUUUACCUUCCCCUGUCAUCAAGGUGUGCUGGUGUAUGCUGAGCAGUGUGUCUGAAGCUUUUCUUUGUGUCCUGCAAAGUGAUAGUUUGACCAUUUAUGGCAUAGAAGGUGAAGUUGCAGCAGUUUCUCUUCCUCGAACAGUCACAUCAAUCUGGCCUCUUCCAUUUGGUUUGCUUCUUCAAAAUGGAACUAAAUGUAAUCCAUCAGCUUAUGCUCCCUUUUCAUCUUCAAGCCCUUCAUCAAGUUCACGUGAUAUAUCACGUACAAAAAGAGAAAUUGGUUGCAAUGCACUACUUAACAUGGGUAUAGGUAAUACAUUUGGUCAUGCAACAAGGGCUGAUGGAACUUUAAUGUCUUCACAUAUGAUUUUAAGGGAUCCUCUAGAAGAACCCCAGUCCAGUUUUAUUGAGGAAAGGGGAAAGAUGAACAUCAUGAGAGAAUUUGAGGAGAACACAAUUUGGACUAGCAAUCGUAUUCCUUUAAUGGCAUCAUACAACAAAGGGAAGUUGCAACACUCGUUGUGGGUUGCAGAUGCAAUUAACUCUAACCACGAGCCUACACGUUCUAAAUUAUGUGAUCUUCCUAUUGGAGUGUUACCAAAGCAAUUUUCAUUUCGAAGAAUUUGGCAGGGGAAAGGUGCUCAGUCAGCUGCUAAUAAGGUUUUCCUUGCAACUGAUGAUGAUGCAUCUACUACUAUUUGCUUUCUCCUCCAAGAACAGAAAAAGUUAUUGUCGUUAAGGCUUCAGAUCAUGGAAAUUAAUGAUGAGUUUCUUGUUGAUGUUAAGCCUGAUAUGAGUUGGAGUUUAUCUGCCAUUGCUGCUGAACCUGUGAUUGUAACUCGUCCCAGAGUUAAGGUGGGCCCUUUUCAGUUUUUUGACAUCAUUAUUUUGACUCCAGAGAACACCCUUCUUCUUUAUUCUGGGAGACAAUGUUUGUGCAAGUAUCUAUUACCUCCUUGCCUGGAUAAAAUUCAGCUUUCGGAAAAUUUGGUUCCUUCAUGGACACCUUCAACUCUUCAUGAUAUGAAAAUCACUGGGCUGCUAGAUGCUGUGGAUGAGCGGAUUAAUGUAAAGCUUAGCAAUGGGAAGGUUUAUAGAUGUGCACUUCAGCAGAACCUUUCUUCAUUGGCUAACGAUUGUAUAUCAGCAAUGGCUGUUGGACUGAGUUCAAGAUUUUAUAACCAGUUUCUUAUUCUUCUUUGGGCCAGUACCGACUUAGGUUAUCCAUCUGAAGUAGCUGCUACUGUGGAUAAUGAAUGGUACUCUUAUUCUAAUGCAGUUAUGAAAAUGUGUGGUAAAAGCAGCCCUGGGCUCCCAGAAUUUGCAGAUUCAUCCACUGGUUCCGCUUGGGACUUCCUUAUUAGCAGCGAUUUCCAUAAGAACUAUAAUAGAAUGUCUAUAGCUUGGAGUUCUGCCCAUACAUCACAUACCUCUUGUUUGCAAUUUGAUACCAUGCAAAAUUCACAUAACCCAUUUUACCACGAGCUUUUGAUGGAAACUUUGGAUGCCCUUCAUGCGGUAUAUGAAAGUCUCAAAUUAGACAACAUCCGUAAGCGGGAUCUGGGUCUUCUGGUGGUUUUAUUAUGUGAUGUUGCUGAUUUCCUUGGGGAGGAAUGCUAUUUGGACUAUUACAUUCGUGAUUUCCCCGGUCUUUCGUCAAAGUUCUUGUCCCAGUCACUCUUUUGUGGCCAUACUCCUCCAAGCAUAUUCAGAUGGCUUGAAAGCUGUGUGCAGCAUGGGCCUAGAUCUAUGGAUACUUGUGACUUGCCACCCCUAAUUUUUGAUGACAGAAGCACGGUUUUGAGCUGGGCCCGAAAGAUAGUCUCAUUUUAUAGUUUACUAUUUGGUUCAGAGCUGUCAGGGAAAAAGCUAUCAUCUGGUGUUUAUUGUAGCAUUGCCUCUGGAUCAUCAACCACUUGUGAGGAAAGAACUGUCUUGGCUAUGGUUGGGGAAGGAUUUGGCUUGCGACAAUUGGACUUACUGCCUGAAGGUGUUUCACUCCCUCUGAGACAUGCAUUGGACAAGUGCCGUGAAUCACCUCCAACUGACUGGCCACCAGUUGCAUAUGUUCUUCUUGGUCGAGAAGAUUUGGCUUGGUCACGUUGGACACAUUCUUGGAAGUUGAAGGAGUUCGGUCCUGUCUCUGAUAUGAAUUUAUUUUCCAUGUCUUCACCUUACAUGCUACACCUGCUUCCUGUUACAAUUCCUCCACUUCCUGAUACAACCGGACAAGAAAAUACACGGCUUGAGGAUGCAGACAUGGUUAAUGGCUCGAGUACAGAUGGAAUGGAUCAUAUUUUCAGCUCCAGCACUCAGCUGCGUUAUGGUCGUGAUCUGCGGUUAAAUGAGGCCAGACGUCUUCUUUGCUCUGCCAGACCUGUUGUUAUCCAGACAUCUAUCAACACUACUGCUUCUGAUCAGGACCUUCAACAGGCUCAGCUUUGGCAGCUUGCUCAAAGGACUACUUCCCUUCCUCUAGGCCGUGGGGCAUUUACCCUUGCUACAACCACUACUCUCUUAACAGAGGCGCUUACUGUGCCGAAGCUUGUGCUGGCAGGUCGAUUACCUGCCCAACAAAAUGCAACUGUUAACCUGGAUCCAAGUAUAAGGAAUAUCCAAGAACUUAAAAUAUGGCCAGAAUUUCACAAUGCUGUUGCUGCUGGAUUGAUGCUUGCACCUAUUCAGGGGAAAAUGUCUAGAACAUGGAUAAUAUAUAACCAGCCAGAUGAAGCAAAUGUUACUCAUGCAGGACUUCUUCUUGCUAUGGGUUUACAUGGACAUCUGCAAGUGCUGACUAUAACUGACAUAUACCAAUACUAUUCUCAGGGGAAUGAAAGCACAACAGUUGGACUAAUGCUUGGUCUAGCAGCUUCAUACAGGGGGACUAUGGAACCAGCAAUAUCCAAGUCUUUUUAUGUUCAUGUACCAGCUCGCCACCCUUCGUCCUUCCCAGACUUGGAGUUAUCAAGCCUUUUACAGCCAGCAGCACUAAUGUCCAUUGGACUUCUUUACGAAGGAUCUAUGCACCCACAAACUAUGCAAAUUCUCCUGAGUGAAAUAGGCCGUCGAAGUGGAGUUGAUAAUGUCCUAGAGAGCGAGGGUUAUGCAGUUUCUGCAGGAUUUGCUCUAGGAUUGGUUGGUUUAGGUCGAGGACAGGAUGUUCUUGGCUUCAUGGACACCUUAAUUGAACGAUUGUUUCAUUACGCUGGUGGCAAGGAGUCCCGCAGUAGUCAAAAUAGAUCCGUGUCACUUACAUUCUCAGGAAUCGACCAAAACCAUGGUCCAGCGCAGACGAUGGAUGGUGCAUUGAUAAAUAUCGACAUCACUGCGCCUGGAGCUAUAAUUGCUCUGGGUUUAAUGUUUUUGAAGACUGAAUCAGAGAUGGUGGCUUCAAGACUCUCUAUACCCCAUACACAGUUUAGUUUACAAUAUGUGAGGCCUGAUUUCAUUAUGCUUCGUGUCAUAGCUUGGAAUUUGGUGUUAUGGAGCAGGGUUACUCCAUCCAAAAGUUGGAUCCAAUCCCAGAUCCCUGAUAUCGUGAAAAAUGGUCUGCACAGUCUUGAGGCAAGUCAUGAGGAUGACAUUGAUGCUGAAUCACUAGUCCAAGCAUAUGUCAACAUAGUGGCAGGAGCAUGUCUAUCAAUUGGAUUGAAAUUUGCUGGUACUUAUAAUGGCGAUGCACAAGAGUUGCUUAAUGAAUAUGCUGUCUAUUUUCUGAAUGAGAUUAAACCUGUAUCUAGCAAAAGUGUAAAUAAUAUGCCCAAGGGAUUGGCGAAGUAUGUGGAUCGGGGAACAUUGGAGAUUUGCCUUCACCUUACUGUUCUUUCCUUAUCCGUGGUAAUGGCGGGUUCUGGAGAUUUACAAACUCUCCGACUGCUGAGAUAUCUCCGAAAUCGAAGCUAUGCAGACGGGCAUACCAACUAUGGUACUCAAAUGGCUGUGAGCUUAGCUGUUGGCUUCUUGUUCCUUGGAGGUGGAGUGCGGACUUUUUCAACUAGUAACAGUUCUAUAGCUGCUUUAUUGAUAGCUUUGUAUCCACGUUUACCUAUGGGGCCCAAUGACAAUAGGUGUCACCUCCAGGCUUUCAGGCAUUUGUAUGUUCUUGCAACGGAAGCUCGAUGGGUCCAGACAAUUGAUGUAGAUACUGGUUUGCCAGUUUAUGCUCCUCUUGAGGUUACAAUCAAGGAAACUGAUUGUUAUAGUGAAACAACUUUCUGCGAAAUUACCCCAUGUCUACUCCCUGAACGUGCUGUUCUGAAAACAGUUCGCAUUUGUGGUCCUCGGUAUUGGCCCCAGCUUAUAGAGCUUAUACCUGAAGAGAAACCUUGGUGGUGUUCCACGGACAGGAAUGACCCAUUCAACUCUGGUAUCAUUUACAUAAAGCGAAGAGUUGGAGUUUGUUCAUAUGUAGAUGAUCCUGUGGGGUGCCAAUCUUUGCUGUCACAGGCAAUGCACAAGGUUGUGUUCAAGUUCAAAUCAUCAGAUUGUUCCAAGUUGAAACUUGAAGCUGCUAAUAGUUCAAACCCCAAUGACUCAGUUGGAGCAGGGGCAAAAUCUAUUGAGCAGUUGGUCAGUGCAUUCUCAUCUGAUCCAAGCUUAAAUGCUUUUGCACAACUUUGUUCUGACCCUGCUUGGAAUAACAGGUCUGAUAUUGAUUUCCAAGAGUUCUGUUUGCAAGUGUUAUUUGAGUGUGUGAGCAAGGAUAAGCCAACUCUUUUACAGGUUUAUCUGUCAUUCUAUUCAAUUCUUGGAUCAAUGGCUGAUCAAGUUCAGACCGGACAUUCUGCUUUGAAUGACUCAACAUUCAUCUCUAGUCUAAAGUUGGCCUUGGCUUACAAAGAAGCUUUGUUAAAUGAAAGAUUGAUAAAUCCUAAAGGUGGUAUCAUACAGUCUGUUUUUAUCGGGUCAAUGAGGAAACGUGUAGAUGAGCUCUUCGAGAAUGUGUGUGGAUUACAGAACCAUUUAAGUAACUACUUGAGAUUAGGAAAGUGGCCGAGCGAAGACAGUAAUGGCUGUGCUAUUCUGUCGUGGUACCUACAGUGGAAUGAUGUACCAUCGCCCUAUGUUCUCAAAACAGCUGUUGAAAAAGCCCGUUCUGUUGUUGGUGCAUCGAAAUCAUCAUCUUUACUUCCAAUAUUAAAUCUGCUCAUUCCGCGAACACAAACCUCUGCAAUGGCCCAAAUCGACAAAAUACUUAUCUGAGAAGAAGAAAACAGUACCAUCAUCAUGUAACUUGUUUUUAUCUCCUUGUAUAUUAGUUAUAUAUUGUAUGAUAUUUGAGAGUAAACAUUUUAAAAGAGAAUGUAAUUUUUGUUGUCUAAAAUAUUAGGUUGUCUGGAUGAGAUGUAGAAUUCUAUUAAGAAUUGACAAUUCAAUGUUUGAAGAAAUAUUUUAUUAAUUUGA